AUCUAUCUGUGUGUGGCUGGCAUCCCCCCACCCCCUUCUAAAAGAGUAAUCCUGAGUUAAAACUGUCUUGCCAGAUGAGCUUCUCCUUUUCUUUCUCUGUGGGAAAAGCAGAAGCUGUGAAUCAAUGAACACUCUGUUGAUUCUCAUUAAUGGGCUGGUUGCGAUUUGACAGGUUGGUCGCUUUACGACGAUCAGUCUCAUCCCUCAGAGGGCGGGAAGGGCUUAGAGGAUGCUGACACAGUGAAGCUCUUUGCAAGUAACCACAACGAUCUGCAGCAUGUUUCGGGAGUGAAGUGUGGCACUUGGGCUUUCCUUUGGAUGCAUAAAGUUGGGACAGAGCUCCUUUCAUCAGCUCAGAUGAGACAUGCAUAGCUCUGAAAACCUUAAGGGCUGAAGGAGACCAGCAACGGAUGGGCAGAAGCAGCCUGGUGAAGAUGGAGAACAGCACGGGCAAUGGACAGAACCAAACAGGGCUGCUGCCCAGUCGAGAGGUGGCUACCAUCGAAUACCAAGUGGUCACCAUCUUUUUGGUCCUCCUCAUCUGUGGAUUAGGCAUCGUGGGCAACGUCAUGGUGGUGCUGGUGGUACUCAGGACAAAGCACAUGAGGACUCCUACAAAUUGCUAUCUGGUGAGCCUCGCGGUAGCUGAUCUCAUCGUGCUUGUGGCUGCAGGGCUCCCCAACAUCACAGAGAGUAUCUACGGAUCCUGGGUCUAUGGCUAUGCUGGCUGUCUCUGCAUUACUUACCUCCAGUACCUUGGUAUCAAUGCAUCUUCUUGCUCCAUAACCGCCUUCACCAUUGAGCGGUACAUCGCCAUUUGCCACCCAAUCAAAGCUCAGUUUUUAUGCACAUUCUCCAGAGCCAAAAAGAUCAUUAUUUUUGUCUGGGUGUUCACCUCUGUCUAUUGUCUGUUCUGGUUCUUCUUGCUGGAUCUCAACAUCAUAGUCUACAGAGAUGCUACUGUAGUAACCUGUGGGUAUAAGGUGCCAAGGAGCUACUAUUCCCCAAUCUAUAUGAUGGACUUUGGCAUCUUUUAUGUCAUGCCAAUGAUACUAGCCACUGUCCUCUAUGGGUUGAUUGCCAGGAUAUUGUUCCUGAAUCCCAUCCCUUCUGACCCAAAAGAAAACUCCAAAGUGCGGAAGACCAAUUCAGCACCGCAGAACAAGACCAAAGCAACUAACAAGGGUAUCAAUAGUGCUGUGGCUUCUAGAAGGCAGGUUACCAAGAUGCUGGCCGUAGUUGUAAUCCUAUUUGCCUUUCUUUGGAUGCCCUACAGGACCUUGGUGGUCAUCAACUCGUUUCUCUCGAACCCUUUCGUAGACAAUUGGUUCCUGCUCUUCUGCAGGAUCUGCAUUUACCUAAACAGUGCCAUCAACCCUAUCAUUUACAAUCUCAUGUCCCAGAAAUUCAGAGCAGCCUUUCAGAAGCUCUGCAACUGUCAGCAGAAGCAGUCGGAGAAGCCAGCCAACUACAGCGUGGCACUCAACUACAGCGUCAUCAAAGAGUUGGAUCAUUUUAACACCGAGUUAGAGGACAUCACCGUCACCGAUGCCUAUCUGUCCUCUGCAAAAGUGUCUUUUGAUGAUACCUGUGUGUCCUCUGAGGUGAUGUGAAGCUGGAGGAAGAUGUGUUUCUUAUCAUGUUGCUGCUUUCCCCACAUGGUUUGAGCUUUGAGAAUUGCCCAGUUCUAAAUCAGGCUGGGUUGUUUUAAUGUAAGAAGCUCAAUAUUCCAAAGACUGAAUCUCCUGCCACUAUCUGGAAGCUGCUUUAUAUCCUUAGACUGUGCUUGCUUUGCAGAAACUAAGAGGCAAACGGCAGAAGUGUGUGAAUUGGUUAUUCUUGUUUUUUCGGCAUUCAUUCCUAAGCCAUGUACAAUAUAGAGGGAGCUGCUCCCCUAAAUUCUAUGAGAUGAGUUGAAAUGUGGCGCUUGAGGCUUGUAGCCCAAAUGUCGCUUUCUUAUUAUGGCUUUGCAUAUUAUGAGAAGUGGUGAAAACCUCCAGUGACCUGCACAUCUCUCAGCAAGAUGUGCAAAUUUCAGACGCAUUUGGAAUUGAGGUGCUCUGCGUACAUUAUUGGCUGUCAUGCAGGAGUGUUUGAGACAUGGAUGUCCCCUCACCACUGUUGGUUGUAUUUAUUUUCAUUUAUUUAUUUAUUUGAUUUAUAUACCGCCCUUCCAAAAUGGCUCAGGGCGGUUUACAAUUAAAACAAGCCACUAAAACAAUAAAAACUAAAACAAAUUAAAAACAAUAUAGCAAUUAACAAUAUAAAAACAUUUUAAAAUAGGAUUAAACAGUUUACAGUAAUUAAAAGCCCCCAAAUCGGGUUAAAAUUUAAAAACCCUGGGAAGCCAGGCCAAACAAAUACAUUUUAAGGGCUCUCCUGAAGGCUAACAGAGAAUUCAAAUUACGGAUUUCCGCAGGGAGAGCAUUCCACAGCCCCGCAGCAGCCAUAGAGAAGGCCCGCCUCCGAGUCGCCACCAGACGAGCUGGUGGUAACUGGAGGCGGACCUCCUCAGAUGACCUUAAUGUGCGGUGGGGAUCACGCAGAAGAAGGCGCUCUCUAAGGUAACUCGGGCCUAAGCCAUUCAGGGCUUUAAAGGUAAUCACGAGCACUUUGUAUUUCCCCCGGAAACAUAUCGGCAGCCAGUGCAGUUGUUUCAAAAUAGGUGUAAUAUGGUCUCUCCGGGUUACCCCAGAGACCAAUCUGGCUGCCGCAUUCUGAACUAAUUGAAGUUUCCAAACUAUGUACAAAGGCAGCCCCACGUAGAGCGCAUUGCAAUAGUCAAGCCAGGAGGUUACCAGCUGGUGCACCACUGUUUUGAGGUCAUCCUCCUCAAGGAAUGGACGCAACUGUCGAAUCAGCCGAAGCUGAUAGAAAGCACUCCUGACCAUGGCUUCCACCUGAGAAACCAGGGUGAGGCCUGGGUCCAGGAGUACUCCCAAGCUGCACACCUGCUCCUUCUGGGGGAGUGUGACCCCAUCCAGCACAGGGAGAUCUAACUCAGUCCGCAGAUUCUGAGCCCCCACAAUGAGCACCUCCGUCUUGCUUGGAUUCAGCUUCAAUCUGUUCUCCCUCAUCCAGCCCAUUACUGGUUGUAGCUGGAUUACAGUUAUCACACUGGUAGGACUGGCAAUAUAGUUACUCCCAGUAGCAGCCUGUAUUAACAAGCUGGACAAGGGGAAAAUGAACCACAGCUGCUGUGGUACGGGCACCCGCUUUCUCACCCUGACUGCAAUGGAGCCCUGCAGGCUGGUCAUUUGCCCAGUUGGGGAUUUCCCUCCCCUACCGGAUGCACAUCCAGUCCACAUGGCCCAGUUGCAGCCAGGGCAAGAGAGUAGCUCAUUUUCUGCCCUUCCAGCUUGUUAGUACAAGCCACUACUGGUUACUUCUCACAUCAGAGGUCUCACCAUGGGGGCCAGUGAUGCUUGCCUAGGGAGUAAACACAUUGUGGACCCUUUGCACACGAUCAACAAUAUCUUUCAAAAGUGACUGACAGUGGUGUAGCAGCAUCAGCACCGCAGUAAUCUCCGUGCCACUGCAGGAAGGAUCUCAUUACAAGAGAACCGUGAAUUCUCCUAAACAUGCUACUUUGAAGUGUGCAAGGAAGAAGGACAAGUCGCUCAUGCAACGAUGUCUUAAUUUAUUAAUUAGUUCAUUAAUUAAAACUGGCAAAUGCCGUCUUUUCCCAAUCAAACUCAAGGCAGCCAACAAUAGAAAAAUUGAACUAUAGCAACAACGAAAAGGCAAUGGCUCACAUGAUGAGGAAAAUGAGACAAAGUAGUCCCAUUGAAAUUACUCAAAGUAGCCCCAUUAGACCUAGGCAGGAAAGAAUGAGGUGAGUUUAGGAGAGAAGGGAGAGAGAGACCUAAACUCAGAGGUCAGGGAGGACAUGUAUAUUCUUCCCUUCAGUCUACCAAAUCAUUGGGGCAAGGAGGAAGGCUUAGUGCUGUCUGGGGAGACUGAAAAGAUGAAAGGGCUGGCCAAGGGGCUUUCUGCAGGACUGGAAUACAGAGGGCUAUCAUCUUGGAACAUGCCUCCUUUUCACACCUAGGGAUCCAAGAUGAAUGUAGGUUCUCCGUGUGAAUCCCUCUUUAUUUCUCUUAAGUUCUAGGCAGGGGUUCCCAACCUGUGGUACUCCAGAUGUUGCCGAACUACAACUCCCACCAUUCCCAACCACAAUAAACUGGGAUGAUGGGAAUUGCAGUUCAGCAACAUCUGCAGUACCAGAGGAGAACCCCUGCUAACUGAGCAAAGAGGCACCUUUUUGAAGUGGCGAUUCUCUUUAUUUAGCAGGGGGAGAGCAACUGGCCCUAUCCAUCCCCGUCACAGCAUCCCUCCAGUGGCUGUUGCUAAUGUCUAUCCCAUGUUUCUUUUUUAGACUGUGAGCCCUUUGGGGGACAGGGAGCCAUCUUAUUUAUUUAUUUAUUUAUUGGUGUAUUUAUAUCUUUGUAAACCGCUUUGGGAACUUUUGUCGGAAAGCGGAAUAUAAUUAUUCAUUGUAUUCAUAUUUGUACCACCGGUUGGGAACCCCUGUUCUAAGGCAGGGUUUCUUAACCUUGGGCCCCCAGAUAUUGUUGGACUACAACUCCCAGAACCCCCAGCCACAAAGGCCAUGCCUUUGGAAUGGUAGUUUCUGUAGAUUCUGGGAAUUGUAGUCCAACAACAUCUGGAGGCCCAAGGUUUAGAAACCCUGUUCUAAGGUAUAAGUCCUAUUCGACGAAAUGGGACUUACUUCUGAAUAAGUAUGCUUUGGAUCUCAUCGUAAGGCUGCCUUAGGACAAGAUUUUUUUUUUAAUAAGACAAGAUUUUUUAAUUGAACCUGAAGGGGCUAGCUUUGUGGGAUUGUCAUGGAGAAAACAGAACUAUAGUGCUACUUGGAACCAAAUUAUUAUUGGAGAAGAGCAAUGAUGGGCUCUGGAAUGCAGUGCUGGAUUUACGCACACGCUGAGUAAGCUACAGCUUAGGUCCUCACAUUACAAGAUUACCAAAAGGCGACUUCAAAAAUCUUCAAAUUUUUUGAAAAUAAAGGUUGAAAAUAAAUGAGAAGUGGCACGGGGGCAGGGUAGGAGAGACUCUAGAACAGACAUCACUGCUCCAGUCAGACAAAGGUAUUCUCAUAUGGCUACAGUUAUUUAUUAUAUUGAGUUUAUAAAUCUGUGCAGAAAUCACUGUAAGUUAUAUCGAACUUUUACUAGACCAGGGCCUGGUUUAGACCAACAGCCUGCCAUCAUGAUUCACCUCUUCAGAUGCUGUAACGAUGAACAGUGCGGCAUGUGGGGGUGAGUGACGCACCGGGAGAGGAUUUCUGGCACAUUUUGUAACACAAUGGGGCCUAUUCAGUGUGACGUCGCUUAGCGUCACCAGAUGUCAUGAUCCAGCCCUGCUAGUGUGGAAAGGACCCCAAAGAACAAAAAGCCCAUUUUGCUGUACUACAGUUGUCCUAUGGCUAAGUUUAUUCUUUCUUGGUUGCCUAAAUGCAAAUUACCUGUGCAUUGCUUCCCACUUUUCCCCCACCCUGUAAUUACCCAUCCCAUAAAUACCCAUGAUUAAG